AUGCUAACUGACAUUCUCAAUAUCGAGAGUAGACCGACUUUCGACCAUCGCGUCACCAAAAUCGAAAUCCAUAUAUAUAAUCCAUACGCUAAUACCACAUUCGAUUAUAACGAUGAGAUACGAAUACCUAUUCAGCAACAAGAUCUGUACACGCUGCUGUGUGACAGCUUUCUCUACAUCGAGGGAAGACGAAACGACGAAUCGAACAAUAAUAAUUUGGCACCGCCCGCCUUACCGAAGACAGCCGCCAGAUUCUCGAACAAUUGCGCGGUGUUUAUGUUCGACGAGAUACGAUACGAGAUCGAUGGCGUGGAAAUCGAUAGAUACAGAAACGUGGGAAUUACAAGCACCUUGAAGAAUUACGCUCUUCUGGACAGAGGAAGAAGCAAAAAGUUGGAAAACGCCGGCUGGUUAUUGGAGAACGACAAAUCGUCGUCGUUACACGAAUUCAACAUUUGCAUGCCGCUGGACAUGCUGUUGGGCUUUUGCAAGGAUUACAAACGCAUAGUGAUAAAUGCACGGCAUGAAUUGAUAUUGAUACGCGUGCGUAGCGACGCGAAUUGUUUCGUGACUGAUCAAGAACAACAGCAUCAACCCAAGAUCACGCUAUUCAAGGUGCAAUGGCGAAUACCGCAUAUCGUACUGAACGACGUGAACAAAUUGUCGCUGUUGCGUACUCUGGAAAACGGUAGAUAUCUGAGCAUGACUUUUCGCUCGUGGGAUCUGUACGAGUAUCCGCUGCUACAAAGCACCACGAAAUAUUCGUGGGCCGUGAAAGCCGCGACGCAAUUGGAAAAAUCGCGAUACGUCGUGUUUGCCUUGCAAAACAAUCGAAAAAAUAUGUUGAACAAAAACGCUUUCGUAUUCGACCACUGUAAUCGUUCGUUUGACGAACGUCAAAUUGUUCCUGAAUUUUGA